UUCGGGAGCCAGUGUUAUGGGUCCGGCGGCGGCGGGUUAGGGCGUGGACGGCGUGCGUGGAGCCCCUCUUUAAAAUGUUUAUCCGUAGGACGCUGUUACUGCUGCUCGCGGGCCUCCUCUGCCUGGUGGUCACGACGGAAGGGAUACAUUGUUGGUUCUGCAAUAGCAUGCUGGACAGUAUCUGCCGUGACCCUUUUGACAACACGACAGCCAGCAAAAAGGACUGCGCCGUGUCGGAGGAGCUGCCCCACCUGCGCGGUGUUCCUGCCACCAUGUGUCGCAAGAUACGCAUGAAAGUGAUGGGCCACUGGCGAUACAAGAGGGACUGUGCCCGUCUUGGUGAGGCAGGUGUGGGGGGCGAUGAGCGGUAUUGCAUUUAUCGCACUGGCACCUUCAACAUCCACACUGAGUACUGCACCUGCAACGACAAAGAUGGGUGCAACCCCGCGCCUGUGAUCCGCCCCAGCCUACCCCUGGUGGCACUGCUGGGUCUCUUUGGGGUGGCAGGGUGCAGGUGGUGGCUAGUCAAUUGACUGGUGACACAGGGUUAUCAGGAGAGCUCAAUAGGCCAGGAGCAGCCAAAUGAAUCAUCUAGUAUUUUUGAUACUUAGAGACUGCCAGCCAUGGUACUAAGAUGGUGUAUUCUUUUAAGCUUUAUUUAACUGAUUGAACUGUGAAUCUCUGUCCCCAGAAUCUUCAUGUGUAAGACUAUAUUUGCCUGCCUAAUACAUAAAUCAUUCCAGUCCCUUUGAGAUAGGGAAUAUACAAAUAAGCUAUAUUUAUUCUUUACUAAUGGGUCUCUGAAUCUCCGUCCUUUGGGCAUUUUUUGCUUAAGACUUUAUCCGUCCAUCUAGUUCAUAAAUGACACGCAUUCCCAUUGAGAAUGAAAGUAUUUAGUGCAGCUUUAUUUUGCCAAUGAAACUGUGCAUCAUUAUUCCUCUGAUCUUCAUGCAGAGGAUGUUAUCUUGCCAUACUUACAUAGUGCUUCAGCUCUCAGAAGAAAAAAAAAACAAUGGGGUGGCCACAUGAGGAGUCUCCAACUCCCUGUUCCUACAUGAAUUAUCAGAUUUCACUUCCAUUUCUUAUCCAUUUUUCUAUGGCUGUUUACUGUUUAUAUGGAUGGGCAUAGGGGGAUUAGGUAUACAAAGCUGUAGGUAAGAGGUACAGUGCAGUCUUUGGUUGCAGGACUAUUUUCAGAUGAUGCAUUGUUGGCAGAAAAUGAGAGUAUGAUGCAAGGGGGGUGGGUGGGGGGGGUAACAGUAAUGGGAGUGGAUUGUGAAGUGAUUGAAUGGGUGAAGCAUGGUGUUUUUUAGAUGGUUUGGACAAGAUGAGACUGAAUGAGGAUGACUUUGUGCAGUGAGUAUAUGAGGGCAGGGUUGAGGGAGAUUGUCAGAGGGAGACCACCAGUUUUAUGGAUCAGUAAAGGGGACGAGUUUUGGAGAGAGUGCUGGUGGGUGAAGGAUUGAGUGUGCUGAGAGGAUGUGUUGUAACAGGAAAGGUAGGAGGCUCUCCUGCUGUGGCCACCCCAUUGAGGAAAGUUCAUGUGAGGAAACAGGGCAUUGGAGAAAUGGAUAGAUAGGCUCCUUCUUGUUUCAGUACUUCACUCAUUUUUACCAUCUUUCUCUCUCACUUGGUGUACUUCACAUGCUUUUGCAUCAUGGCAGCAUUACAGAUUUCAUUCCAUUUUUACCUCAACUGUAACAUUUUUUUCUGUGUUUUUACCAGGCAUUUUAUGAGAAUAUAUAACAGUUUUAUGAUAUAAUGAUUGUAUAGUGAUUUGAUGGCCUGUAGGGAAUGGAAAAGUAUAGAUGACUGAGUAUAUAAGUGGAGUUGAUGAUAUGGGUUUAAAAGUAUGGCCUCCUGUAAAUCAGACAGAAUCUCAAAUAUUUCCUGUAGUAUGGAUGGGUGGAGAAGAGGAGAGGGGUGAAUUAUGUAAGGUGUAUGGAUAGCAAAAAUCAUUAGCUCCUAUUUUCAUGGCCAUCUUUUUAACUGGUUCAUCUCCCUCAUCAGUAUUUCUAAGGAAAGGAGUUUGAAAUAGCUUCUGCCUUCAAAAAAACUAUUAGAAGCAAGCAUCAGAAGAGAUCAGUUCUGUAUUUUUUCUCAAUAAUGUUUGUAAUUAUUUUCAAUUACAUUAUGUAGUUAAGUUUCUUUUAUUAAGUGUCAUAGUGGCAUUAUUUAUUUUAACUUGGAAUAUUAGUAGGAUAUUGUUACUGAAAAAUAUUCUUGAAAGAUAUUGAAUUGUUUAUAUGCAGCACUUGACAUGGUCUUUUAGAUGAUUAAUGAUGAAUUUGUUACAUAUCAGCUGUUUAUGAACCAGACAGAAGGAAAAGUGGUGAUCUAUUUGGUACCAAUGUUUGUCCUUCAUUGAGCUGCAGCUGCUAAUGAUACUUCUUGCUUUAGACACUUUUCUUUGCUGUUGAUAAGUGGCCAUUUUACUGCUCAUUGUUUCCUGUAAUAAUAUCUUAACUUACCAUUGUAAUUUACCAUACCAGAGGAACAGUUUUAUGGUUAGUGAUUGUAAUGUUAUCAUUACAGGUGGAUUUCCUAACCCAUGAUAAAAAUUGUGUUCAUACUAAAUUCUAUACAGGGUAAGGGUAAUUGAGGAAGCUUCUUUUUUUUCCAGAUAUGUAAUUCAUUGAAUAAUAGUGUUUAAUUUUUUCUCUAUUUACAAAUACCUACAGGGUAUGUUUAUGGUCUGUUGUUUCUGUACCUGUAAUACCAGUUUAACUAUCCACCACAUAUUCCUAGAAUAACCAUUGUAGUUGUCAAUCAGUAUAUUUUUUUCCUAUUAUUCCUGUGGUCUUGUAUCAUGUUAUUAAUCAUUAGAUUCCUUGGUUAACAAUAUUGUCUUCUCUUUCCAGUAUGCAUUAAAUUCACCCACUAAUGCUGCAAUGCCAGCAAUCAUAUUUUAUCCAAUAUUUACUUAACACUUGCUUACUCCUUUCUUAGUGCAUCACCACUUUCACCAACUGUGGUCUGUGUAGCCAAUAGAUUAUGGACUCAUUCCAGUGUUGAAAGAAAAUUUUAUAUACUAUUGAACAAAACUGCUUUAAAUUUUGUUACCCUAUUCCUUGUAUUCUUUAGUGUUUGUAAGAUAUUUGCUAUACUUGGGGCUUUCAAAUGUCAGGCAUUAAUUUAUGAAGAUUUUAUAGAGCUUUCUUUAACUUAAGUCUCUCAGAGGAGAGAAUUCCUUUAUACAAAAAAUUAAACUUGUAAAUUUGUU